CCCAACUCACCCACCCACCGCUCACCCACCCUCUCUCCUCGACUCCCCAGAUCCAUCCUCGCGCUUGGUCGCGCCGCCCUCCUCCUCUCCGCGCUCCAUGGCCAGCACCGCAGCCUCGUCUCCACGGCCGGCACCGUACCCUCUAUGCUGGCUCCGCAACCCCUCCUACGACCGCGCCCGGAGCACGACGAUGCCGCUGUUGCGCGCACUAAUUCCCUCACCCUCCGCCGUCGUUGCCCUCUCGCCCUCCACCGCCGUCCUCUCCAAUUCCCUCACCCUCCGCCGGUGACAUCCACCCUCCCCCUCGCCUUCUUUCCCUACAUAGGCCCAAGAUGGAGCCGGUCAGACGACUCUCCGAGAUCCGCGACGGCCACAGCGCAUACGCGCCCCCUCCACCUCAUCGUCACGGGAUUCGAGCUUGGCCGCGACGGAGAUGCUGGAGGUUUUCUCCUUCCCCACAAUCGUGCGCCGCGGGAGGUGCCCACGUGCGUUUCUUCUCGGGCGACGACACAGCCGUGCGGUGGGUGGGAUUUGACGCCGCUCUUCCGCUCCGCGCGAGGAGGGAGCCGGCGGCGGCUCGGCUGCUCCGACUCCAUGGAGCCCUUCCAGAUGGAAUACCUUGAGGAGCGCCCCAUCUCCCUGUGGACUGAGAAGACCACCGAGAAGGAGCAGUUCGGUGUUGGCUUCUACCCCAUCUCGCUUGCCGAGAGGGUCGUCAUCAGCAUGAAACACAACAAUGACGAGCAGUACGUGUGGGAGUCCCAGGCUGGUCGUUCUUUCACCGUCACUUGUGAUACGUCUGGGGAGCAGCUCGGCAGGGGUACCAAGAUGGUCCUCUACCUCAAGGACGACCAUUGCCUACUGUACUGAUAUGAAAGGUCAAGCAUGGAGGUUUCAAGAGCAUCCUUUCGUCCUGAUUAUCUUUCUGGUGUGCCCGACAGAACUCUGCAGUUUGCUUGCUUUAGGACAACACAAGAUCUGAUUUCUCUCAAUGUUCAGCGCCAAGGAUCUCAAUGUGGGGUGUGCUACUGCUAUGGUGCCCACAUUUGCUUCCAUUUCUGCUCACAAGCAUAUGCACCUGCACGUCUAGUCUGUGGUAAUUUGUUUUAGUCCGUGGUGGAUCUCUCCAUCUCUUGCAUGCUCUGGUUGAUCUUGGUUGGAACAUUUGGCCAUUUGCUAUUAUAGUUUGUAACUUGUAAAUUAUCUUCUUGUUCGCACUAGUCUAAUUGCCCUAUGUAUUACACAACUUAAUCGUCAACAUGAAUUGUUUGUGGAAA